AUGGCGCAAGAACCUCUUACACCCUUUGGCAAUGCCCUGGCUGGUGCCCUUGGAGGUGAGUCUGGGUGCCAUGAUCGGUAUCGUCGGAAGGGUGUUGACGCAGCAUAUCAUCUGCCCGCCUGCCUUUCGCUCUUCUAGGUGUCUUCUCCAAUGCCGUCAUCUACCCGCUCGACACGUGCGUAUUUUGUCUUGCUGGAAUGAUCGUAAGCAUCUGUCAUCUAGCAACGCUAAAGCCGGCUCCUCAUUCCAAUGUCAGUGUGAAGACCCGCAUCCAAGCUGGCACACAAGAAGCAGAGAAAGGCAAAAAAGCGGUUUCGAAGUCGAGUGGAGAUGUGACUGUUAGAAAGGGGGCUGGAAUGCUUGAGGGUGUAGUCACAAUUGCUCGAUCGAAGGAGGGCGUGGCUGGUCUGUACAGAGGCUUUGGCGCCAGCAUGGUCAACACCUUCUCCACUCGUGAGUGACGUCGAUCUGAGCGAUCAGAACUUCCUACGCGCACGAGAAUGAGCAGGUCGCCGGCUCGAAAGCCCUGCGUCACAAUUUUGGGAGCGCGCGCGAAGCUCAAAGAGCACCGCUAAUGCUCGCCUGAAUUUCUACAGAAUUUGCCUACUUCUACUGGUACAGCGUCGUGCGCACUCUUUACAUCAACCGGCUCACAAAGACUGGAGCCGCCGCCGCAGCAGCAGGAGCUGCUGUUCAGCUCAGCACUGCCAUCGAGCUUCUGCUCGGCGCAGUAGCGGGCGGUCUGGCACAAAUUUUCACCAUUCCUGUUGCCGUCAUUGCGACACGUCAGCAGCUAGGAGGAGGCACGCCCAAGCCUAGUGUGUCUGGCAGACCAGCUGGUGCUGGGCCAGAGCCUGCUCAAAGCGGAGUCGCAAAGGCCGCAUCAAAAGUGGUGGAGGAUGAGAGUUUUCUGGGCGUCGCGAAAGACAUUCUGAGGGAAGACGGCAUCACUGGCCUCUGGCGUGGUCUGAAGCCCAGUCUGGUGCUCACUGUGAACCCUGCCAUCACGUACGGAGUCUACGAGCGUGAGUUCCGGCAAAUACGCUUAUGAUUUGAAACCUGUGCGCCCUGUCAUCACUCGACAUUCUCACACACUGGACAAUACCAUCCUCGCGCUCAUCAGGUGUCAAAAACGUGAUCCUCGCUGCAAGUGCAGACGGAAAGAUGACACCCGGCAAGAGCUUUCUGAUCGGAGCUCUCUCCAAGACGCUUGCGACGGUUGUUACGUGAGUGGACACAAGUGUGCGAGAUGCAUUGCCAUGCACUUCGCUGAUCAAGCUCGCCCGAUUGCGGACAGAUUCCCAUACAUUCUGUCAAAGAUUCGUCUUCAAGCAAGAAACACACCGUACACUGGCGCCCUUGAUUGCUUGGCCAAGAUCGCCAAGGAGAAGGGCAUCACUGGCUGGUAUCAGGUGAGGCACUGCUCCGGACUUGCAAAAGCACUCAGCUUUUGAUGCUGAUCGGGGCCUUUUUUCGGACUAUGCGCAGGGCAUGCAAGCACAAAUCACAAAGGCUGUGCUUGCGCAAGCUCUCUUGUUCUACUUCCGAGACUAUUUCGAGGUGCGUAAGAGGGAAGCCGCACCCGCGAUCACGAAGCACGCUUGACUGAUUUUGCUCUAUUCACGCUCCUGCUUCGCUGCCUACUUGCUUCUUCCCGACAGGUGUGGGCGCGCAAGCUGCUUCAAAAGCAGUGA